AUUGCAUACUUUUUGGCCCAUUAAGUCAAAAAUCACACGCAUUACAUUACAUUGCAUUACGCCACCAUGUCCAGACUCCGCUCUCCCUUGCAGCACUUGAAUUGAGCCUCUCCUCUGCCCUGUAGCCUGUAGCCUGUAGGCUGUGGCUGUGGGAUCAUAAUUCAUAAUUCAUAAACAAAGAUGGGACUCCUCCUUAAUUUCGCUUUAUUCUGCUCUUUUCUCUUGAAGCAGCAUAUCAUGGCUUGCUUUUGAUUACAUUACUAUGUUGACUAAUCCCAUCCAACCACUUUCUCUCUUUCUCCUAACCUAAAGUCUUCUUUGCUCUCACCUUUUUCUUUAGUUGGUGGCGGUGUCUCCCUGGCUAAUUCACUUCACUCUAACUCAAAAGCCAUCACCAUCUUUCUCUCUUUCUUCUUCCCUCCUUCACUUUCAUUCCAAUUUACACAUACAUGCAUAAAACCAUUCCAUCUAUAAUUCAUAUUCAUUGAUAAUUUAUACAUAUAUUUAUUCUUUCUGGGUUCAGAAAGUGGUGCCUUUUCAUUCUUGCAGCUUUCAGGUGUUCCAGUCAAGCUUGCUCAUUUCAGCUACAUAAAGGAAUGUUAAAGAAAGCAGCUAACUGCCACAGCAGAUGGCAUCAAGCUAUCUAAUUCUGAGACGCAUUUGAUAUAUGUGAAGGCAGAUUUGGAAGAGAUACUCCAAGGACCCCUUUCUUCAAGUAUUGGAUGCUCAGCUUCAUCAGCACCUCCAUUUGCCUGCCAAAGCACAGACACUAGUUGAAGACAUCUUCAUCCUUGAUAAAGGGCUUGUAGGGUUGGUUUAUGUACAGGAAACACUGAAUACGAUGGGGCCCCUUGCUGGAGAAAAGUUGAGGUGAUUAUAGGCCUACUUCUCAAUUUGACCUGAACAAUGCAUUGCAUUUUCCAUUGUUCUUUCACAAACUCAGGCUGUAGAAUGAUGCUGGAUCAUCACCCUUUGACCAUUCAGCCUUCUCCUCCCCUCCCCUUACAAUUUCUUUUUUCCACCUUUUUUGUUUAUAGUUUAUUUUUUUUCUUCAACAUCUGUGAUACUGAACUACAUGACCGUGCACUUCAUUCAUUCAAACAUUUUAAUUCUACUCUCGCAGCUACUUGAACACCCUUUUGCCUCAGAGAUCCUUCACCUGAGCCAACUGGGUCAAAUAUUCUGUAACGUUCGACCAUCCACCAGCUAAUUUCAGAGCAAAAACAGGAAAAUAAUACCUGGAACCGUCUUCUUCUGUGUGCCAAAGUAAAGAUCAGUUACUGAAUUGAGCAAGCAAAAAUGAAAUUUAUGAAAAUUGGGACUAAGCCAGAUACAUUCUACACAGAAGAGGCUACAAGGACUGUGAUUUCAGAUUUGCCAAGUGAUCUUACAAUAAACAUCAACAACAUCACAUAUCUUCUGCAUAAGUUUUCACUUCUUCCAAAAUGUGGCAUGCUUCAACAGCUUUGUUCUGAUGAUUCUGACAAUAUAACAAUAAACCUUCAUGACAUCCCCGGUGGUGAAGAAGCUUUUGAACUUUGUGCUAAAUUUUGCUACGGGAUAACUAUCAACCUUAGUGCCCAUAACGUUGUGCCUGCAUUUUGUGCUGCUAAGUUCCUUAGAAUGACUGAAUCAAUUGAGAAGGGAAAUUUUGUUUUAAAACUUGAAGCUUUCUUCAAUUCAUGUGUUCUGGAGGGUUGGAAAGACUCCAUUGCCACACUACAAACCACUGUUAAGUUACCUGAGUGGUCAGAGAACCUUGGAAUUACUAAAAAGUGCAUAGAUUCAAUUGUGGAGAAAAUCCUCACAUCUCCAGCACAGGUAUCAUGGUCCUUCACUUAUACCAGACCAGGGUACAAAAAACGCCACCAGUCUGUUCCAAAGGAUUGGUGGACGGAGGACAUUUCUGAUCUAGAUAUAGACCUGUUCCGCUGCAUAGUUAACGCUGUCAAAUCAACAUACAUUCAUCCACCACAGCUCAUCGGGGAAGCUUUGCACGUUUACGCCUGUCGCUGGUUACCUGAUACCACAAAAGGUGGAGCUCCUGAGAGUUCAGAGGCUCAGACUGGCACAUAUCUGGCAAGGAAGCUAAGGAUUCUAGAGUCCAUUCUCAACAUGAUUCCAUCAGACAGGGGAUCAGUCUCAGUUGGGUUCUUGUUAAGACUCCUUAGCAUCGCCAACUAUCUAGGAGCAUCCACAGUAGUAAAGACUGAGCUUGUAAGGAGAGCUGGUCUGAAAUUGGAGGAGGCAACCGUUGGGGACUUGCUGUUGCCUUCACAAUCCUCCUCUGGUCAGCACAUAUAUGACACUGACUUAGUGGCAGCAGUACUAGAGGGCUAUUCAAUAGUAUGGAGGAGACAGUCCCCUGCGCCUCUAGAAAGCAGUCCCUUUCUUAAAUCAAUCAGAAAUGUGGGAAAGCUCAUAGAUUCCUACCUUCAAGUGGUUGCAAAGGAUGCUGAGUUGCCAGUGCAAAAACUAGUUUCUUUAGCUGAGGCUUUACCAGAUAUUGCAAGACAAGAUCAUGACAGCCUUUACAAGGCAAUUAAUAUCUACCUCAAGGAGCAUCCAGAUAUAAGCAAAGCAGAGAAGAAACGCCUCUGCAGAAUCUUAGACUGCCGGAAACUGUCCCCUGAGGUCCGUGCCCAUGCCGUGAAGAAUGAGAGGCUACCACUGAGAACAGUGGUGCAAGUCCUGUUCUUUGAACAGGAAGGCAGUUCCAGGACAAGGGGUAACAUACAACCGGGUGCCACAGAGACAAUGUCCAGAGAAAAACAGAUAGCAGUACCUGAACAUGACAUGAACAAGCUACAUUUGGGGGGAGAUGAAAAGAGCAGCAGAGAUGAAGCCACCAGAAGGGUCAAAGCUUCAGAAACAGAUGAGCAAAAAAUGAAGAGAUUGGAGAGAAAGAUGUUGAGAGGUGAAAUAGAGGAAGUAGAGUCAUCAGGGAAGGGCAUAGAAACAAGAGGUGAAGAGAAUUCCAGGAAAGGGCAGGAUCCUCGGAAAAUGCUACAAAGAAUAAGUAGAGACAGGUAGUGGAAUGAAGAUGUUACUCUGCUCUUUGCAUAUUAAGUUUCACUUCAGUUUGUUAGAUGUGCAGCAUAAAUUUGUGGUUAGUGCAAACUACAAAGUUUCCCUUUUUUUUUUUUUUUUCCUCCUUGAAAUAUUGUGAUUAGUGCAAAGUUGAAAAGCUGUUUUUUAAGAUCCAAAGUACUCAGGUUCAAUGAUUU